AUGAUAAAGAAAAAAGAUUUGACUGCUUCUAAUGCAGAGAAAUAUAAAAGCGAAUUUGAUAUAUUAAAGGAGAAUCAUAAAUUUCUUCGUUCUGAAGAAGAUGAAUCUGAAUUAACCUGGGAACAACGGCUCGCGAAGAAAUAUUAUGAUAAAUUGUUUAAAGAAUAUUGCAUAGCGGAAUUAAAAUAUUAUAAAGAAGGCAAGAUUGCAUUACGAUGGAGAACCGAAAAAGAGGUUAUAAUAGGCAAAGGACAAUUAACUUGUGCUUCAACAAGAUGUUCAGAAAAAGUUGAUCUAAAAUCUUGGGAAGUCAAUUUUGCAUAUGUAGAGGAUGGUGAAAAGAAAAAUGCAUUAGUAAAAAUUCGACUUUGCCCAACAUGCUCUUACAAAUUAAAUUAUAAUAAGGUUCACCAAGAAGUGGAUAAGGAAGGAACAUCAGAGAUUAAAGAUAGUGAACAAGAUAAGCAUGAAAAACGAAAAAGAAAAUCUUAUGAUAGUGCUAGUGACCAAGAACAAGAUAUCAAGAGCGAAGGUAGGCAGGAUGUAGCUGAUGGCAAGAAAAAAAAUCAAAUGUGGAGUAAAGAUGAAGAGUUUGAUAAAUAUUUCUCUGGAUCAUUCGAUUAG